GAAAGAAGGUCUAUAAAUCACCUAUCCUUCGGCCAAAUUCUCCCGGUUCACUCUCCCGGUUUACGUCCACGAACUCUUAUUUAUUUCUCGCGUAAUAACCUAGAAACGCAAAUAAACUUAAGAGAAGAUCUCUUUCCUUCUACAGACCUAAUGGUUCUAGAUUUAGCUUCGCCAAACUACUCAAUCCAACUAGUUAAUAUCUAUAACCAAAGGCCCCAGAAGGAUCCACAAGGCCCCUAUACUAUAGAGCGGGUAUUCGGCUACUCUACGCCUAAUCCUAACUCGCUAAUAGCUAGGGACUUUAACUACCACCAUCCCUAGUAGGAUCUAGGCUGCUCUACCUCCUAGGAGGGUAACCGCCUACUAGACUGGAUCGAAUCUAAUAACCUAACGCUCCUAAAUAACCUAGGCGAAGCUACCCGCUUCCGCCAGGGGAAUAGAGCGUCAGUUAUUGAUUUAACCCUAGCUAGUAGUAGUAUUUCGAAUAGAAUCUAGGACUAGCAAAUAUUAGAAGAUAUUAGGUCCGACUAUAAACCUAUUCUAUUUAGCAUACUACCCUCCUCCCGGGACAA